AUGGUGAUUCAACACUCAAGCACACCAGCCUUGAGCAAGGAAGUGUUGUACAUUGGCAGUGCAGUCCCUUUGGAAACCUCCGAGGGUCUUGAAGCUAUACAACAACCAUUGAGGUCAAGAUAUCCAGUUGACAAUGAUGAGAAUGUCCAAGGAAUCCUUUCCAUAUUAUCCAUUCUUCCUUCCGGAAUCCAGCUUCGUUACAAAAAUGACCCUAGCCAUGUUGUCCUGUUCCCUUUUUCCUCUUUAACGAUGUGUGCAGCUGUCCGGUGUGUGAAAAUAAUUAACGCGGCUACCAAUGAAGUUUCUGCUCGCUUUGUGUCACUGAGCUCUCCAGAAGCCGGUGGGGCCAACAAUCAAAGGCCAGCCAUCUUUACAGCCAUUACAAGAAGGACCAAGGGUCGACAAGUGCUGGAGUGUCAUGGUUUUAUCACGAUGACUCCCAAAGAUGCCCUUGAGUUGGUUCAGUGGACUUCAACUCUUGACAAAAGGAGUAAACAGAAAGGACUGGAAUCUCUGAAGACAGGAGCUAGCUCAUCCGCCUAUGAUGUCAGCAGGGCAGAUUCCUCUUUCUUUACGGAAACAGCUUCCUUGCCUGAGUUCCCGAUUCAACUGGUUCCUGGAGACUCAGUGGAGCCAGUUUCACCAGCCACAUCUCCAGCUUUUUAUAAAGAGCCACCACCAAAUGGGUUUUUCUACUCCACAAAAAAUGCACAAGUAAAGAAGUACUCACUUCAUAAAUUUAGUGGAGCUGCAGGUGCUGAUGAUACUCAUAGUUCCAUUCCUGCAGGAACGGAUCAUUUUGAGAGGUUACCCGGUUAUGCAUCCUCACAUUAUUCAACCAGUGGGGCUGUAUUACCCACUGUGCCAAGACAGCCAGUUCUUGUUCCCAUACACCCUUACUCUCAUCUUUCUCCUCCACUCCCAGCUUACACCAGACCUGUGUUUGUAGGACCACCUCCUCCACCUCCAACAAUGUUUGCUUACCCCAGACCCCGCUUCUUCUCUCCUCCUCCAGUAAUGAGAGCUCGUCCUGUACCUGUGUUGGUACCACCUCCAGUCUAUAAUGACAGCACUUACCUGAGGGCUAAAGUGGGUAGACGAGGGUCUAGAGAAUCAUCACGUUCCACUUCUCCUUCUUCAAUACCGGAGUCAGCUCAGCUGAAUGGAAAGCCACACAGGAAGUUUCACCCCCAUGAUGAAACAAGUCAGUCCAGUUCCCGACCCAGAACGCCCCCUACAGAUUACGACGCUCCGUCUUCUCGAGGUCAUCGCGUGAGCAGAAAAGAGGAUUUUUACCUGCGCCAGAAUGUACAUCCUGCAUCUUCUCAAGUUCAGGCUGCUAGAGGGUUCAAGGGCUACUACUGGGCACCUCCUUACGGCUACUACAGCCUACCCCAUCCUACAGGGCCUGCUAGGCCUCGUUCUGUUCCCCCUUAUGUUGAAAGACGUGAGAAAAAAUCAAAGAACAAAGAAGCAAAGAAAAGCAAAAAAACGAAAAAGAGGAGCAGCAAAAAAGGUCAUCAUGAAAACGCACAUGAUGAGUCAACUGACAGUGUUGGAUACACAUCAGAAAUUGCCGACAACAGACUGCCUCGUGACUUUCGCCGGGUGGAGAACCAGUUCAAGCAUGAAAGGGCAUUUUCAAAGUCCCUGGCUGAAGAGAAGCGCAAUUCUUUGAAAGGCAGUACCGCCUUUAAUGCCUACUCACUGAACAACACAGUCGGAAACAAUGAGAAUGAUUUUCCACCUACAAUGUACUAA